UGUUCCUGAAGCCAAUGUAGAGAUUUCUUAACGUCCCCAUCCCCUCUCGAGCUCGAUCUCUUUUCUCUAUCCACACCGAUCGAAGACGCAGAAAGAAAAACAGCGUAGACCUAAAAUGGUGGCAAUCACAAGCUCUCUACUCGUUUUCCUCUCCACAUUCAUAGUUUCUCUCUCAUCUCUCUGCAUUCCUUCACUCUCUUCCUCCACAGACACCUUCGUCUUCGGAGGCUGCACACAGGAGAAGUACGCCCCCAACUCCCCCUACGAGUCCAACAUUAACUCGCUCCUCACCUCCUUGGUUAACUCAGCCACUUACUCCUCCUACAACAACUACACCGUCAUGGGCUCCAGCCCCCAAGACGUCAUCUACGGCCUCUACCAAUGCCGCGGCGACCUGUCCAUGCCCGACUGCGCGACCUGCGUCGCCCGCGCAGUCAGCCAAGUCGGGAGCUUCUGCCCUUACAACUCCGGUGGUGCCCUUCAGCUGCAGGGCUGCUACAUCAAGUACGACAACACCAGCUUUCUCAGCGUGGAGGACAAGACGGUGGUGCUCAAGAAGUGUGGGCCGUCGGAGGGGUACGACUCGGAUGGAAUGAGCCGGAGGGAUUCGGUGUUGGCGGCUUUGGUUGGCUCCGGUGGGCCGUACAGGGUGGGAGGGUCCGGUGACGUCCAGGGUUUGGCUCAGUGCGUCGGGGAUCUGAGCUUCACAGAGUGUCAGGACUGCGUGACGGAGGCAAUCGGACGGGUGAAGAGUGAAUGCGGCGGCGCCGUUUACGGUGAUAUGUUCUUGGCCAAGUGUUACGCCAGGUACUCAACGGGCGGUGCUCAUUUUUACUCCAAGAUGCAUCAUGAUAAAUCUUAUAGUGAGGGUGAGAAGACAUUUGCAAUUAUCAUCGGAUUGUUAGCAGGAGUUGCUCUGCUCAUCAUUUUUCUUACUUUCGUAAGGAAGGUGUUUUGGGGAAAUGGUAAAUAGAUUAUGAGUUUGCUGCAAAGUGCUAUUGGGUUGGUGAUUUCUUUUGGUUCCAAAGUGAUUUUAUUUUGCUUCCUUUUCCAAUUUUCUUCAUUAUGUCAACUUUUCCUCUCUCUAGCUUUGUACCUUUAACGUUUCGGGUUCAAUUACUUAAUUUCUGAGUAUCUCCAAAAGGGAGAUUUAUAGAAAAGAUGGAGCACUUAGCAAUGAAACAAAGGUACGUAAUUAGAAAGGGAGCAAGAGGAAAAAGGAGGAGGCUAAGAUUCCUCUACAUGCACCCUCGAUCCACUUAACAAAAUUGGGUCGUCUAUUAUGAAAUUCUUUUAGUUUGUAAAAGCCGAAAGAGCAGAUAAUUAUACAAAUCAAUGUAUUACUAUCGUUGGAGAUGUGAUUUAUAUUAAUUUCAAAAUUCGUUAUGCGUG